AUGACGCAGAUAACAGAUCCUGAAAUAUCUGGAGCCACAAAUGAAGAUAUAGUCCUCGAUACAUUUCUGGAUAAUCGUUCAACUAUGGAUCCGGAUGACGAUAGUUCAGAUCCAAUUCGAAUAAUCGAUCAGGAAACUGAAUUUUUCUUUGACGAUUCGAUCAAAGGAAAAUUGAAGCAAUUUUUUUAUAAACUAUGGAAUGGUCCUACAGUUCCAGAAGACAACCCACCACGCCGGAUUCAAGUGUUUUUGAAGAUGGAGGAAUUUCCUGAAAGAUUCAACAAAGGUAUUUCGAAGGCUCUCCGAAUCACAGGACUCAUAUUAUACUUGAGUCUUUGGUUUUUAGUAUGCUAUCGCAUUUUGCUUCCAUAUAUGACUAUUCCGCCAGGUAUGUCAAAUAAUCCAGAUGUGACUGUGAUUCCACUAUCAUGCCAAUCACAAUCUCACUUUUGGAGAGGUAAAAAUGCUGCUUGUGGAUUAGAUGGUGAAUUAUGCCCAUCAUUCGAUGGAGAUGAAAAAGAGAUAAUAUUUAGGUGCCCAGCACUUUGUGAUAGGAGCAGUUGGACCUAUUCUUUGAUUCCUAUUGGUGACCAACGUAUUAAAUAUAGAGGGUAUUUCGUAGGUGGUGGUGAAGAUCCUGAUUCACAUGCUGAAAUAUUAACAAAACCAUAUAGAGCAGACUCGUAUCCGUGUGGUGCAGCUGUCCAUGCUGGUGUCGUAUCGCCAUUUUUUGGAGGGUGUGCCAGAAUAUCUUACUCAAAUAAUGGUGAGCUGUAUUUUCCUUCUACUUCAGGUCAUUAUGGAGUUGGUGAAUCUAUUCCAUUCUUAUCAUUUUUUCAAUCGUCUUAUUUUUUCAAGAAACUAGUAAGUGGUACUGGCAGCUCUGGUGGCUAUUCUCAUUGCUAUGAUCCGAGACUAUUAGUGUUGGUUAUUAAUAUUAUUUUAGGCCUACCAAUUGUCUAUUUGGCAAGUGGAGCAACCAUGUUUUGGAUCAUAAAUUUCGUUGGCUUUUGGACGAUAUGCUUAGCCACUGAUCCACCAUAUACGGUAAAUGCCAGUGACCAUGAUAGUUUUGCAAAUCUACUUUCAAUUGGUCUAGAGAGAUUUUUACCGUCCUCGUUCAUUUUGUACGUCUUGUGGCAUUCAUCUGCUAAACGAACCUUGUCUGACCCACCACCAGAUAUAGACGCAAAACCGUCACCACUAAGUAGGCUCAUUUUAUGGUAUCCGCUCUUCUGGCUUGGCGUUUUGAAUAAUAUUACGUUUGACAGGUUACCAGUGGAUAGGUUGACCAUUCUGGAUCUCAAGGAACAAGCGGGAGCUUUAAUAGCGGUGACAUCUAUUAUAACUACGAUAGGCACAUGUGCCGUUAUACAAGCGUACAAGAUCUGGCUAUCUGGUAGGUUUAGAAAAUACUUGGUUAUUUAUGUUUCCUUUAUCCUUGGAUUAGUUUUUCUUGGACAAUUACCUGGUUUAAGCUUACGUAUACAUCAUUACAUAUUGGCAAUGCUUCUAAUCCCUGGCUGUGCAACAAGAGGAAGAACAGCAUUAGCGUUCCAAGGCAUUUUAUUAGGAUUAUUUCUUUCGGGAUCUUCAAGGUGGGGCUUGGCUUCAAUUGCAGAAACUGUAGAUUCCUUGAAAAGAGAUGACCCAAGAGGAAAGAUUCUUCCUCCUGAAUUUACUGGAUUCAAUGUCACCUCUGGGAUUUUGAACUGGAAAUUCGCUGAUGAUUCAUCGAUGAGUUCGAUAGAAAAAACAAUAAAUAGUAAAUUCAACGGAGUUUCUUUACUUAUAAACGAUAUAGAACGUUACGUUGACAAACGAAAAGAAUCGUUGAACUUGAUAGAUUUAUUUAAAAAAUCAACUGAUUUAAAGGACUCUAUAAAGAAUGCCUUAAAGCAGGGCUAUAAAGAUAAAGACGGAAACAUUCUCAUGUAUCUACGGAUUGGAAAAAAAGUGUUAGGAAGUGAAGUUUAUAGCGAUUUCUCUAAUGCUGGUAUACUUAAAUGGCCUAGUGGCGAAUUUACUAAACCCCAACCCGGUGUAACUUAA